UACGCGACGGACAAAGUGAAUCGCCGCCGCUCGUUCCACAAAUCUCCCUUUCCCUGAAAGUGUCGCUGCCGAAGGGAUGGCUGAUCGCUACUUCCCAAAUGAGAUGCCCGAUUUCGUGGAAGAACAGGAAGGUGCGGUUGCUCAAUCCACUCUCCACAGCCUCCUCUGCCUUCCCGACACCAAAUUAGCCGACAAGUUUCUAAGAGCUGCACUCGAUCUCAAGGAGAAGGUUGUGAAGGAGACGUGGCUGCGCAAUGGGCGGCGAGUUAAGGAUUUCACCCUCUACACGGGUGCUCUUGGAACGGCUUUCUUGCUCUUCAAGGCGUACCAGGUCACCAACAACCUAAGUGAUCUCAGCCUCUGUGGCGAGAUCAUAAGGGCUUGCGAUUCUGUUUCGGCUGGGUCACGGCAUGUGACGUUCAUAUGUGGGCGUGCGGGAGUGUGUGCUCUUGGAGCUGUCGUCGCAAAGCAAGCUGGAGACAAUGUGCUCCUCAACCAUUAUUUGAGCUCAUUCAGGGAGAUAAAGAUGCGAGAUGUUCCUAAUGAACUUUUAUAUGGAAAAGUUGGGUACUUGUGGGCAUGUUCUUUCCUAAAUAAACACAUAGGCGAGAGUACAAUCCCUUCAACUCACAUGAGUCCAGUAGCAAAAGAAAUCAUCUUGGAUGGCAAAAGAUUAUCCAACAAAAGCAGCUGCCCGCUGAUGUACGAGUGGCAUGGAAAGAAAUACUGGGGUGCUGCUCAUGGGCUUGCAGGAAUCAUGCACGUCCUGAUGGAUAUGGAACUGAAGCCAGAAGAUAAGGAAUGCAUUAAAAGUACACUCAGCUACAUGAUAAAUCACCGCUUCCCAAGUGGGAAUUACCCAUCGAGCCAGGGCUCUAAUUCGGACCGCCUUGUGCAUUGGUGCCAUGGUGCCCCUGGUGUUGCUCUGACCCUUAUUAAAGCUUCUCAGGUGGUCUUCCAGGAUGAGCAGAUUUUGGGUGCUGCAGAGGAGGCUGCUAAGGUCGUCUGGAGCAGAGGCCUGCUGAAGAGAGUUGGCAUUUGCCAUGGUAUAAGCGGGAACACUUACGUGUUCCUCUCACUAUAUCGGCUAACUGGGAGGGUCGAGUACUUGUAUCGAGCUAAAGCAUUUGCUUGCUUCCUCCUAGACAGAGCUAACCAGCUGAUUGCAGAUGGGAGAAUGCACAGCGGUGAUCGACCAUAUUCUAUGUUUGAAGGGCAGGCUGGCAUGGCACAUCUCUUUUUGGACAUGAUCAGACCUUCCGAAUCAAGGUUUCCAGCUUAUGAGCUUUGAACCCUUGGCACACUUUGGCUUGUUGUGCAUCAGAAGCAAUAUCUUGAGGUGUACAUAUGAGAACAAUGUGUCUUGUUUACUGUUCUAUCGAAGAUACUGCAAUAUCUUGAGGUGUACAUAUGACAUCGAUUGCUCCCUACCAUGCAUGUGUAGGGUACCGGGAGACUUACCUGUUAUUUAAAGCUGGCUUGCAAACAGUAGAAAAGCUUUUCUGGUUGAUGUUCCUGAAUGAUCGUCUUACUCUUAUUACUGUACAAAUCAAAUUUUGCAAAAGAGAUGAGUAUUGUGUUCAUGACCAA